AUGUCAAAAGAGAAGAUUAACGUAUUCAACAGACAAAUAAUCGGCAUACGAAAUCUCUCUUUUCAGGACGCUUUCAAUCUGCACCAGAUAACAGCUGCCAACAUCCAUAUCAUCGCGGACGAUGGGGAAGAAAUACUGCCAUUGAGCCAGCAACAGACACACCUAGCGAGUCUGAUCGUAUUCAUCAGCUUCCUGUACAUCGACGGUUGCAAAAUGGUCGUACUAGACCAAUCCUUCCAGGAUUUGUUCUUUGGUGGAAUUGUUACUAUUUUAAGUAUGCUAAAAACAUACUACCCAAAUAUGCAAUUCAUCGUCAUAUAAACAACCGACAGUUCAUUGAGUCCAAGCUGACUGCAUUGCGCCAUUUUUCUUUAAAUAUUUCUUGUCUAAAACUAUAUUUCUUAACUACUAAAUUUGUAAUGUAUGAU